AUGGCCACGCUUCCGAUGGCUCCCCACGCCGCUGCCAUCUCCUCCUUCACCACCCGCCCCCUCUACUCCCCUUCUUCGCGUUCUCACCGCCUCCUCCUCGCCCGCUUCUUCUCCGCCGCGCCGGCGCCGGCCCUGGCGAAAGGGCUGCGAGCGACGGCCUCCGCCGUUGAGGUGGGCGGCGUCAAGAUCGCGCGCGAGGAUGUUGUGAAGGAGGAUGACCCGACAAACAACGUGCCAGACACUAUCUUUUCAAAGAUCGGCCUGCAGCUGCACAGGAGGGAUAACCAUCCCCUUGGGAUCCUGAAGAACACAAUUUAUGAUUACUUUGACAAGAACUUCACUGGACAGUUUGACAAGUUUGAUGACCUUUGCCCCCUUGUUUCUGUCAAGCAGAAUUUUGAUGAUGUCUUGGUCCCUUCUGACCAUGUAAGUCGGAGUUACAAUGACACGUAUUAUGUUGAUGGUCAAACAGUCUUAAGGUGUCAUACCAGUGCUCAUCAAGCUGAGCUGCUAAGGGAUGGGCAUACACACUUUCUUGUAACUGGAGAUGUUUACCGUAGGGAUUCUAUUGAUUCAACUCACUAUCCUGUCUUCCAUCAGAUGGAAGGGUUCUGUGUCUUCUCUCCUGAUGAAUGGUCAGGUUCUGGCAUGGAUGGGACAGCAUAUGCAGCUGCAGAACUCAAGAAAACGCUGGAAGGCUUGGCAAGACAUCUAUUUGGUGCUGUAGAGAUGCGAUGGGUUGACACUUACUUCCCAUUUACCAACCCAUCCUUCGAGCUCGAAAUAUACUUUCAGGAUGAUUGGUUGGAGGUUUUGGGGUGUGGAGUCACCGAGCAGGAAAUUUUGAAAAGAAAUGGCAGGAGAGACCAUGUGGCAUGGGCCUUUGGAUUGGGAUUGGAGCGCCUUGCAAUGGUCCUUUUUGACAUUCCAGAUAUUCGACUCUUCUGGUCGAAUGAUAAACGGUUCACGUCCCAGUUCUCAGAAGGCAAGCUUGGUGUCAAGUUCAAGCCAUUUUCAAAGUUUCCUCCUUGUUACAAGGAUAUGAGUUUCUGGAUCAAUGAUGCAUUUACAGAGAACAACUUAUGUGAGGUUGUCAGAGGAAUUGCUGGCGAUCUUGUUGAGGAGGUAAAACUUAUUGAUAAUUUCACCAACAAGAAAGGCAUGACAAGUCACUGCUACAGAAUAGCCUAUAGGUCAAUGGAACGUUCACUCACAGAUGAGGAGAUUAAUAAUCUUCAGUUGAAUGUCAGGGAAGCUGUGAAAGAUAAAUUGAAAGCAGAGUUGAGAUAG